AUGGGCUCAGAGGCAGCGGCCCAGACCAAGCUGGAGGAUCUCUCGGGCAUCGUCCUCCAACCGGGAGAGAAUCCCUACGCCGCCUUCAUCAGGGCCUGCGAUGACGACCAUAAUGUGAUCCGUACCCUGUAUGACACCCAUCGCACCAAGCGCAACGCCCAGCAAAAGGCCAAGUUCCUCUCGGCCGACUACACCGGCCUAUCCAUAGACCAGCACCUUCUCAAGCUGGAGACGGAUCCGGCGUUCCGUGAUGAGAGACACUGCCUCGUAUUCUGGGCCCGGCCACCGUCCCACAUCAUCGAUCUGGCCGUCCAUCUCCAGAAGUUGCUGCGGAAGAGUGCCCCGAAUGUAUGGCUCAUGCCAACCUACAGGAUGCACAUGACAACACUGGAGCUCGCGUUCUGCAAGACUCCCGAGGAGAUCGCAGAUCUCGUGUCCACGCUGCGCACCUCCAUGGUCUCCGUGGCCAGCUACACGCACACGCACCGCACGCGCCUCGUCAGGCCCACCAUCUCGUAUGACCUGUCGGCCUUUGCGCUGUCGUUCCUCCCCGCCGCCGAGACGGACGCCGUCGCCUCGCCGCCGCCCUCGGCCCCGGACACGGCCGUCGACGUCGUCCGGAACGACGCCUACUCCUACCACCACCUGCGCCGCGACAUCUUCGACAGCGUCCAGCGAGCCGGCGUCGAGGUCGGCUCGCGGUACCAGGUGCCCAGCGCACACAUCACGCUAGGCAGGUAUCUCACCGACGAGGAUCACGAUACGCCCGACAAGAGACGUGCGUGGGUCCAGGCUAUCGACCACGUCAACGCCUGGCUGGAGAAGGAUGUCUGGGAUGCUCGUGAUGCCCGGUUUCUGGGUGAGUGGAUGGUUGGCCAGGAACGCGGUCUGGAUAUGAGGGCCGGCACCUUGUGGUACGGAGCUGGUAGAACCAUCACCAUGGGAGAGGGCUUCUAG